AUGCGGGCUGCUGCUGCUGCUGAGGACCGUACGCGCUGGAGGACCGCUGCUGCUAUUGUCCUUUUCGGAUACUUUUACUCCACUUUCGCCAAAACUGUGCAAGAGGACACCGCGAGUCAAGAGGUGACACUGAAGGUCCAUCUGAGUGAUGCCCACACGCACCAGCCCCUGGGUGGAGUCACUGUGCAGCUAUUUGCCAACCACAGCCUGGUCGCCACGGAAACCUCCUCCGCCGAUGGGAACUCUCACCUGCGCUUCCCGUACCGCCUUGGGACUACUCUGGUUGUCACCGCAACCAGUCCAGGAUAUGUGCCAAACUCUGUACCAUGGACCCCCGCGAGACUGCCUGUAUUUUCCUCCAUCAGCCUGGACCUGCUGCCAGAAAGAGCCGCUUCUCUGAUGGUCUACGAUGAUGUUAUUGAGAUUGUUUCAGAUUUCCAUGGUUUCAAGGGGCAGCCAAGUGUCCAGUUCCUGCGCAGAGCCCUGAGUCUUCCUCCAAACUCAUCAUAUUCCAACCUGACGGCUUUGUUCACUGUGGCCAGCUCCUCUUCAAAUCUGCAACACUUCCCAUUUCUGCAGGGCCUGCGAGGCAACGGGACAGGGUCUGAGAGGAGGUUCGACUUAACUCCCAUUGCUGCAGUCUCCGUUCAUUUAUUGUCCGGUGACGGAGUGGAGCUGCAGGUGAACGAACCAAUCACGGUCUCUGUCCCACUGCCCUCAGACAGCAGCCUCAAAGAAAACGAGCACGUCCCGGCCUGGAGGUUUGACCCACCAUUAGGGGUUUGGAUCAAGAGCAGUUGGGGUCACGUCCAAAGGGAGGGGGACCAGCUCGUCCUGACCUACAUCGCUCCUCAGCUCGGAUACUGGCUCGCUGCAAUGUCACCUCUGUACUCAGGUCCUGUCAUCGCCAAAGACAUCAGCAUGUACCACACUGUGUUUUUGCUGGCCAUCCUGGGGGGAAUGGCCCUCAUCCUUCUCUGCCUGUUCUGUCUGCUGCUGUACUACUGCAGGCGGCGAUGCACAAAGUCUCGUGGCUCUCACAGAAAGUUUGUCUUAGCCUCUGGUUUGGACAACAGCAAAAGGGACCAGGCCACCUCCAUGUCCCACCUCAACCUAAUCAACAAAGAGGUGCAACUGGAGCUCGUGUCCACAGCCACAGAAGCCGAUAUGACCACUCCGAUGCUGAAACCUUCAUCUUUCGUGCACCAGGACAAUCGCCACCACCCCGGCCUCCUGCACCAAACCAAACACAGCCACUCCUCUCUGGGAAACAACAGCCGCCACGGUUCAUCUCUGGGAAACCUCACGCCUCGCAGCAAAGACUAUCGGCAGUCCGUGGAGACGUUUCAGCUCAAGACUGCGCUUCCAUAUGGAACAGACAGAAGUUAUCGUCAAUCUUACACUUCUGUCUGCUCCUCCACCAAUCCGGUCUUGGAUAGGCUGUCCAAUCAGGGCCUUGUUUCUGUGAACCAGCUGAGUUGUACUGGUAAUGUUGACUGUGCUUCUCCCUGCUCCCCUCCACUCACCCCCAGCAGAGGGGAGUCGGCUGAGUGUAGACCACAAGAAUACCUCCUUUCCCGCUCGGUGGACAACUUGGAACGCCCUUUGACACCUUCUCUUGCAAGACCCAGCCAGAUGCUCUGCUGUGGCUCUGUGGAUUUGCUCUGCGGAGGAGAAGGCUACUCCAGAGUGCGCCCCACACUGGUGAUCCCUGCUCAUUACAUGCGCUUACCAGGCGAGCACCCACUGUCCGGUCAAGCGCUCCUCCUACAAACUGACCAACAGAGCGACUUAGAAACCAUUCAAGCCGAGCUGAACGCAUCUCAUUCGCAACAACCUCUGGGACAAACCCCGACAGACUGCCUGCCAGGGUCCAACCAACAGACUGAUGCAAAGCGAUUGCCGGAGUCGCUGUCCAUCCCCGCAGCCAUUGGCAAAACUGGACUGGUCGAAAUAAACAGCGAGGAUACGUUACUGGCUGAAAAAACACUAAUGGAGCUCAGAGGAGGAAAGCCACUACCGCAUCCGCGCGCCUGGUUUGUGUCGCUAGAUGGACGCUCCAACGCUCACAUUCGUCACUCUUAUAUCGAUCUACAGCGCGCAGGAUGCCAUACGGGGCCAGCAGGGAAGCACAGCAAUAGCAACGAUGCCAGUUUGGACUCUGGCGUAGAUCUAAACGAACCCAGAGUGGCAAAGAAAAGAGGGGAGAAAAAAACUGUCAAAGAAAAACCCAAAGGCACCGUGACACCUGCGUCAGUCUAUACUCAGCUGGUUUACGUGGACGACACGGAAGUUGCGGCCGAUAUUGAGGAGGCGUCGCAGUGCGGCCUCCUCACUGAAUCUAGUGCAGAAUCUUGCCUUGGAGAGAAGGAGCAACAAGCGGAAGAACAACCACUCUCUUCGUCGUCUACUCCGCCUUCUUCGCCUCCGCUUUUGCCCUCUCCGGAAGAAGUGACUUUAAGGACUGACUCGCUAUUGUCUCCAGAGGGAGAUGCAGCUCCAGAGGACGGGGAAGAGGAGAAGAAAAGCCCAUGGCAACGAAGAGAAGAGCGACCACUCCUGUCAUUCAAUCUGAAAUGA